AGGAGGAUGAUGAUGAUAUCCAAGGGUCGGAAGCGCAAUGUCGAUGAUGUCGUGGGGGGCAUGCGUAGCGGCACUUGGGAGAGCCAGCGGCAGUCCGUGCUUGGCAUCUCCCUUGUCAAGUACCACCGCGGGCAGGAGCUGAUGGAGCCUAGUUUGCGCCGCACCGUGUUGAUAGCCAACACCCUGCGGCAUAUACACCUAGAAAACAAGCCUCCAUAUGGGUUAGUUAACCUGACAGGAACAGUGCCACCCAUGGUCCCAUCUAAACCCUGCCUCCACAGGGAGUCUGGUCUGGGUGUUGUAAACAGUGCCUCAGGUGUCGAGGACAAGGAGGAUGUCUGGAUGUCCUCAGAGAGUGACUUCUCCCUGUCAGCUGCUGUCUCCUCCAUUCUGAAAGAACUAGACUUGACUGUCGAUAGAGGGCGGUCACCUCAGAGGACACCUUUCAGGUCCAUUGAGAACCUACCUGGAGACCUGGGGCUCAAACGGAGCUGGGUGGCUUUUGGUAGGGUGGAGGAGGUUGUGUGUUCCAGCUACCUGCAGGAUGUAAAACUAGAUGAACUUUUCCAUGACAUCGACACAUCUGUGUUUGACAGGGAGAUGGGGGGUCCGAGCACUCUGCUGCAGCCAGUGACGAGCUGCUUAAGUACUUACCCUCUCUGUCCUCCGUUCCGUCCACUUCACCCUCUUAUCUCUCAACCAGAGCUUCAGGGACCUGCAUGAGCUGGAGCACAUCAUGGAAAUACUGGUAGAGUCUUGAUCACCAGAACUUUGAAGAAAUUAGGACAUUAUCAAGAGAACAAGACAUUGAAAUUGAGUGUUUACUCUGUCCAGUUGAUCACAUGGUUUAGUGAGUGAAAUGCUCUAUUUUUAUACAAAAGAAGAACAGGCUGAAUGAGAGACUAGCCUACUUUUUCUAGUAGUGAUGUUUUAAACGUCAUAUUCCUUAUGCCUAGCUAUAUCAAGAGAUUAUAUUGUAAGAUGUUCCUAAUAGCAAAGCAGUUCAGACUGAUGUCCAAGAAAUUAAUUAGUGGUUAGGUAGGAUUGACUCAGUUGGAAUUUCUGAAUAUCAUUACAUGCCUCAGGCAUCUAUUUAAUUGAAGGUAGAUGACCGUUUUUUAAUGUGUAAAAACAUUAACCUGAGGGGAAAUGUCAUCUUUGAAGAAAUCCCCUUCACUGGUCUUACUCCAGUAAGUAGAGGGUUAAUAUUGAACACAUUCUCACAUCCUUCAAUAUCACAAAAGUACAACUGAACUACAAUAGUACUGCAUUCUAUUGGUCAAUAUGUUCUGUAGUAGUAGUCUAACGUGCUUAACCAGUAUGCAUAAUUAGGCUACAUAUUGAGAUGUGCCAAUAACUUACAGCGUGCUUUGGUCAUUAGGAAAUACAAAUAUUACCUUAACCUGAGUUACUGGCUGUGAAAUGUCAUGGUGCUUACCAGUAGUUCAAUAUCAGGUUAUAACAGCUGGAGUUAAUAUAGAGGAAUUCCUCAGUUUGGUUCUGUUGGCGUGCAAUGAUGUCUGUCCUAAGGGGAAAAAUAGUGUUUGCUUGCAGUAACUUGGUUACAGUAAUGUCCCAGACAGAAGUGGGUCUAUUGUGUGGCAUUUUUAGAAAAUGUCAAACCAGGGUCAGAAAUGGUUCAAAGGAUGACUUAUUUAUAGAAAAUUCCUAUUUAAAUGUCCAGCUAAAUAUGUGAUCUAUAUGUUACACAAUGGUAGUUUGUAUUUUUUAUAUUCUUGUUUAUAUAAUGUAUUUUGGCUCAAUGCCCUGAAAAAGCUAAUUAUGCUGACAUUUUUCAAUGAAAGACAUGUAUGUGCACUGUCAAAUUUAUGCAAACACAAUGUUAAUAUUUUUUUUAUACAUUCUAAAAUUAAAUGGGUUUGUGCCAAUCUUUUCAAACAAUGACACUUGUCUCAACUGCGAUACAGUACAGUAGAUUCACACCUUCGGUGGGGAUCAUACUGCAGAACACCAGCAAGCAGCCAGAGAAAAUACUCAACGUCCCGUUCUGACCCCAAGUGGACAUUGUCAGAACAAUGCAAGUGCCUCGCA